UCUCAGCCAUCCAGGAUGGAGUCCAUGGCGCCCCAGACCCUCCUCCUGCUGCUCGCGGGGGCCCUGGCCCUGACCGAGACCAUGGAGCGCUCCCACUCCCUGAUAUACUUCCUCACCGGCGUGUCCCGGCCCGGCCUCGGGGAGCCCCGCUUCUUCGCCGUGGGCUACGUGGACGACACGCAGCUUGUGCGCUUCGACAGCGACGCUGAGAACCCGAGGGCAGAACCACGGGCGCCGUGGAUGCAGCAGGUGGAGCAGGUGUACUUGGACAGCCACACACAGCGCAGUAAAGAGCAGGCACGGAUUAACAUUGUGGACCUGAACACCCUGCGCGGCUACUACAACCAGAGCGAGGCCGGCUCUCACACCAUCCAGAAAAUGUACGGCUGCGAGGUUGGGGCAGAUGGACACCUCCUCCUCGGGUACUGGCAGUGGGCCUACGAUGGUACUGACUACAUCGCCCUGAAUGAGGACCUGCGCACCUGGACUGCCGCAGACUCCAUGGCUCAGAUCAGCAAGCACAAGUGGGAGGCUGCUGGUGAUGCGGAGAGAUACAGAGCCUAUCUGGAGGGGGAGUGUGUAGAGUCACUGCGCAGAUUCCUGGAGUUGGGGAAGGAGACAUUAUUGCUCAGGGCAGACCCACCCACAGCACAUGUUACUCACCACCCAGUCUCUGACCAGAAGGCCACCCUGAGGUGCUGGGCCCUGGGCUUCUACCCCAAGGACAUCACACUCACCUGGCAUCGCGAUGGGGAAGACCUGACCCAGGACAUGGAGAUGGUGGAGACCAGGCCUGCAGGGGAUGAAACCUUCCAGAAGUGGGCAGCUGUGCUGGUGCCUUCUGGAGAGGAGCAGAGAUACACAUGCCACGUGGAGCAUGAGGGGCUGCCUGAGCCCCUCACCCUGAGAUGGGAGCCUCCUCAGCCCACUGUGCCCAUGUGGGGAGUCAUCACUGGCCUGGUCCUCCUGGCAGCUGUGCUCAUUGGAGCUGUGGUUGCAGCUGUGGUGAUGAUGAUGAAGCGCUCAGGUGGGAAAGGAGGGAGCUACACUAAGGCUGUAGGUGUGGACAGUGCCCAGGGCUCUGACUGCUCUCUCACAGCUUGAAAGUGUGAGACAAUUGCCUUGUUUGGGACAGAGGGAAAGAACCUUGCUCAAGUCCUCAUCCUUCUGUCU